UGAGUGAGUCACUAUUUGAUUAGUUUUCCUGCUACGCGUAGAAUAAUUUAAACGAAUGCGUUAAGAUUUAGACUUUUAUUUUGUGCAGUAUUUUUGACUAACAGGAAGUAACGCUGCUUUAGGGAUCCGCGAGCUUGUUAGUGAUAGAGGGAAUAAACAUGUCUUCGCUUGACAGAGUAAAAGUGUUAGUCUUGGGAGAUUCAGGUGUUGGGAAGUCGUCUUUAGUUCAUCUGUUGUGUCAUAACCAAGUUUUGGGAAAUCCUUCAUGGACUGUUGGCUGUUCUGUGGACGUCAGGAUCCAUGACUACAGAGAAGGUACACCAGAGGAGAAGACUUACUACAUUGAACUGUGGGAUGUUGGAGGAUCUGUGGGAAGUGCCAGUAGUGUUAAAAGCACCAGAGCAGUUUUCUACAAUUCAGUUAAUGGCAUUAUUCUAGUUCAUGAUUUAACCAACAAGAAAUCCUCUCAGAAUUUGUAUCGGUGGUCAAUGGAAGCACUAAACAAAGACUCGUCUCCUACUGGGGUCAUUGUGUCAAACGGGAAUUAUGACAGAGAGCAGUUUGCAGACACCACCAUUCCUCUCCUGCUAAUUGGCACCAAGUACGAUCAGAUUCCUGAAAACAAGCGCAAUGACGUCCUGACUCGUACCGCCUUCCUGUCUGAAGACUUCAACGCAGAGGAGAUCAACCUGGACUGCACUAAUCCACGCUACUUUGCUGCUGGCUCAUCUAAUGCUGUAAAACUGAGCAGAUUUUUUGACAAGGUUAUAGAGAAGAGAUACUUCAGCAGAGACUCGAGUCAGAUGACAGGCUUCACAGACAGGAAGCGCUUCAACUUCAAGAGUCUUCACUAUGACUGAGUCACUAAAAAAAAAAAACAACCACAGAGUCUUGUGGUUUUAGGUCUGUAUAACUACCAAACUCACCAUCAUUAUAUCAGUGUGCAUGUGUGCAGUUACACUAGUGCAGGUGGACCGAGAACGUUUGUGAAGUAACAACUAGUAAAGACAAUUUGUGUUUCUUUAAUUGUGAGAUUGUCAGUCAGGGUUUUCUUAAGUUUCUGUUAAAGUACUUGUUCGGUACUUGUUCUGUUUUCACCUUUCAUGAGCAUUUAUGAACAACUUCCUCUGUAUCUGCUCCAUGAUUGUACAACGAUUUAUCCUUAAAGAAAAUUAUUUCUAUAUAAUUUCCUGAUUCUUCUAAUUUAUGCAGUUUCAUAAAUUUGCACAUUUGCUAUAUUAGCAAACUUGUACUUGUAUAUGUUUACAGGAAUCAGUUAAAUAAUAAAA